AUGACCUCGCCAUACCCAUUUGCAAUAUGGGGAAUUGACCUAAUUGGGGCUUUAAAUUCAGGGCGAGGUGGAGCAAAGUAUGCAGUUGUGGCAAUCGACUUCUUCAAAAAAUGGACAGAAGUCAAACCCCUGGUUUUAAUCACGUGCAAGAAGGUUCUUGAUUUUGUCAUCAAGAACAUCAUAUGUAGGUUCAACAUUCCAAUCAAGAUAGUAUCCAAUAAUGGAACUCAGUUUGAUGGUAAUUUAUUCACUGAAUUCUGUGAAAGGAAUAAAAUAAUUAAGCGCUUCUCGUCAGUAUCGAGGCCUCAACCAAAUGGGCAAGUAGAAGCUGUUAAUAAAACCUUAAAGGAUACUAUUAAGAAGAAGUUAAAUGAUGCUAAAGGAAGAUGGAAUAACCCUUCGGCCCUUAGGCAAAAAUCUGAAAGAGAAGAAGUCAAGGAUCGGAAACCGAAUCCCCCACCCUUCACAUUCGAACGCUAUUGUCUUCGAACACUGGUUAUUGCCAAGGACGCCACACCGAAAUUGCCUGCCUUAUCAACUGAUAGGUACACCGUGUCUUCCGCUGCACCGGCUGGUCCCUCCAAUGCGGCAGAAAGCAGUUCCUCUGCCAGGAAGAGGCAGAAACUCGUUGUGACAGAUUUUGGCAUGGAAGGAUCAGGGGAUCACGCUCGGCCCCCUUACGCCCAACUAAUUCUGGGCCAGCCUAGGGCCCUCCCUCGAGCUCCGUCAAGAACGCCUACUGUGGGAUUUGCCUUCCCUAGGAGGGUAGUUCCUUUUGACCCUCUGAAAUGCAGAGGAAGAAAGAGGCAAAUCGGGCUUUGA